AUGUACUUCAUUACAAAAGGCUCACAGAAGACUGGACGCAAAGAACCAAAAAUUAAUAAUCUGGAAGAUUACAAGAAUUUCAUUGAACCAUUUAUUACUAAAAUUAUUGAGAGCAAAGUAUAUCUGGAUUGGAAUAAAAGAAAACACAAUUAUGAGGAGCGCUCUCGAAAGUUAGGUGGUACUAAGUAUGAUCUGGUUUAUUUUAAGGAUGUUUACGAAAAAUUGGUAAGCCUAUUCAUUGUGGAAUAA